AUGAGCUGUGUUACCCUGACCUCAGAGCGAGUUGAAGUGCGGGAACCCAGAAAGAAGAAAGUUCGCAUGCAGCAGAGUCGUCCUCUGACGAGGAUUCACCCCCUUUCACCCCGACGAGCAGAGCACCUAAGCGAGCCCGUCCGUCUACGUCCAGGGGCCGUGGACUGGGUCGGGGUCGGCGUGCCCCGAGAGGCCGAAGUGCUGGCAACGUAG